AGAUGUUUGUUAAUUAAUUAUAUUUGCUCCGCUCUUAAAAUAACCGUUUCCGCCAAAAUAUCAACAUGUCUCUCUUGGCGCAGCAUGCUUGCAGUGUGCACCUUUCGAAAACUGGCCUCGGACAGAUGAUUCAAAUUCGGUGUAUGCGACCAGAAAUUCUUACCAGAAUACGUCCUCAUCCAGAAGCACCGAAAUUUUUGAAUGAAUACAGUGUAGAUGGUCCACCAAAAGGCAAAAUUUAUGAUAAGAAACCAUUCCGGAUGGAACUAAAAGCUAACAAGUGGUAUUUUUAUUGUACUUGUGGGCACAGCAAGCAACAGCCAUUUUGUGACGGGGCACACAAGGCACUUCAAGGGACAUCAUUUAAGAAAGGGAAUCUGAAAAAAUAUGUUCCACUUCGUUUCAAAGUUGAAACAACUAAAGAAUAUUGGUUGUGUAACUGCAAACAGACUGACGACCGACCUUUCUGUGACGGAACUCACAAACGUGAAGAUAUACAAGCAGCUAUUAGAUAGAAUAUAUAUGUUAAUUGCAAUCAUUAAGAGGAGAAAACAUUUUUAUCUCAUGGAAUAUAUUAAAGAAUCAUUGUUAGUGACAUCCAUCAGUUGGCUAUAAAUUUCUUGACUGCGAGAUAAAAUCAGCAGUGGAGUCUGACUCUUCAACUGGCCACACACGUAUUUAAGAGUUGAAUUUAAUAUUGCAAACUAAUAAAUUAUUUUGCAGUGUUGCUGCUAUUUUUAGCUCCAUUUGGUACCAAAUUACAUGAGACCUUCCUGGUAGUAAUAAUAUCAAUUACCUGUUUUAAGGUGAUCCAAAUUAAAAACCUUUCGUUAAAAUUUUAUUGUUAGUUUGUUUUAAAUAUCAGCUUAAUAAUAACAAUUAUUUUACUAAAUUCUUCAUUUUUGAAAAUUAAAACAUUUGCAGUGUAUUUCAACAGGUAUAUAAUAACAAAAAGGUUAACUCAUGGCAGCACCAUUGUUAAAUUUACUCCUAUUCUGUGAUACCUAUUUUCAGAGAGUUAGCCUGCGCCAUUUGAGAGUUAGGUCUCUUGACCACAGUUGCAAUUAGAUGCAGGUCACAGGAAAUAGGCGGCUAGCUUCUCAACCAGGUGUUAAAAUACUCUAAUCAACUGGGCGUAUUAGAAAAAUAAAUAAUUUGAAUUACAUUUGUUUAA